AACGCAAAAGAUAGAGCGAGAGACAGCGAGGGUGUGGGAGGGGGAGGGAACGGAGGCAGCAGAGCACAGUUGAAACUUGUUUCCUGUAUCUCUCAAUACUCUCUGCCAAGUUGUCAAUAGCAGUGGUGGCCCGUGGUUUUUCAGAAACAUGCAAGCUAUAAAAUGUGUGGUGGUAGGAGAUGGAGCUGUGGGGAAAACCUGUCUGCUCAUCAGCUACACGACCAAUGCCUUCCCCGGAGAGUACAUCCCCACUGUGUUUGACAACUACUCCGCCAAUGUGAUGGUGGACAGCAAACCAGUGAAUCUGGGACUCUGGGAUACAGCUGGACAGGAGGACUACGACAGACUGAGACCCCUCUCUUACCCACAGACAGAUGUAUUUCUCAUCUGCUUCUCCCUCGUCAGUCCAGCCUCAUUUGAAAACGUCAGAGCCAAGUGGUACCCAGAGGUGCGGCACCACUGCCCCUCCACACCCAUCAUCCUGGUGGGCACCAAGCUGGAUCUGAGGGACGAGAAGGAGACCAUCGAGAAGCUGAAGGAGAAGAAGCUAGCCCCCAUCACCUACCCACAGGGCCUGGCACUGGCCAAGGAGAUCGAUUCGGUGAAGUACCUUGAGUGCUCUGCCCUUACCCAGCGCGGGCUGAAGACUGUGUUUGACGAGGCCAUCCGCGCCGUGCUCUGUCCCCAGCCCACCAAGAUCAAGAAGAAAGGCUGCCUCCUGCUCUAAAGGGGAAAAAGAAAACAGGUAACACUUUACUUGACGCCGGUGUCAUAAGCAUGUCAUUACAGUGUCAUAAUAGUGCUAUGCAUGUGUCAUAAACAUUAUGUCCAUGUCAUAAACAUUUUAUGACUGUUGACCUUAAGUCACAUUCGUUUAUGGCAAAGCCAACCCAAUAUAUAAAUAGUCAUAAAAUGUUCAUGACAAGGACAUAAUGUUUAUGACUUAUCUAUGACUGUGUCAUGACACUAUUAUGACACUGUAAUGACAUGCUUAUGACACCAGCGUCAAUCAAAGUGUUACCGAAAAUACAGCGAAAAUGACAAAAAAGGAUGAAAUUAAUUAUAAGAAUGCACAAAAACAUGAAAGAGGAGAGAGAUUUAGACAAGGAGCAGAGGCGAUGUAAGUUUGGCAGAUGGGAAUGUGGAGGUGCUGUAAAAGAAAAAAGCAGAGCGAUGAUAGAAAGUGAUAGCUUGGGUAUCUUUUUCAGUUUAGUAUGUUUUGCUUUAGGCAAUUUUUCCUACAGUGUAAUUGUAUUAUUUUAUAAAUGAGUUAAAGACUGUUCUGUCUGUGUGUGCCAUUGCCUGUAUUGAGUUCAUUAAAGACCUGCUGUCAUGUUGUCUUCA